CCCGCCCCCGAAACCGCCUUCUCUCCUCUAGCCUGGGGACCCCCACCCCGUUCCCUCCUCUGGCCACCGCCGCCUCCCCAGGGCUGGCCGGGUCCCCGGCUUCAUAGAACCCCCAACUCGUGGAGGGCUCCUGGCAUUGGCGGCCGUGUCCAGCCUUCCCAUCCUCCCUGCCCAGAGACCCAGUCAUCCCCGUGCCCACCCCGCCGCGGCCGCCUCCUCGCAUCCCAAGAUGAGCCGCCGCGGAGCUUGGGGUCCGAGUGCCCCGUGCACCCGCCCAUCCCCCCGCUCCCGGUGCCCUUUCCCGGCGUCCCAGCUCGUCUGGGACCUUGUGUCGCCCUCCCUUGCUGCCUCUUUGAAUGUUCUGGCUUUUUUCAUCUUCUCCAGAUCAAGAUCAUUCUGUGGAUGAAAUGCCUGUUGUGGUGAAGAUUGAGAAAGGAGUUGGCAGCAAUGGUGGAGGUGGCUUUUCCCAGACUCGCAGCAGCAGCACAGGCAGCAGCAGUAGUGGAGGAGGAGGUGGCCAGGAGUCCCAGCCAUCCCCACUGGCUUUGCUAGCAGCCACUUGCAGCAGAAUCGAGUCACCCAAUGAAAACAGCAACAACUCCCAGGGCCCAAGCCAGUCAGGGGGCUCAGGUGAGCUCGAUCUCACAGCCGCCACACAGCUCACCCAAGGUGCCAAUGGUUGGCAGAUCAUCUCCUCCUCUGGGGCUACCCCUACCUCAAAGGAUCAGGGUGGCAGCAGUAGCAAUGGUAGCAGUAGUAGUGAAUCCUCCAAGAAUCGCCCAGUCUCUGGUGGGCAAUAUGUUGUCACCACCACCCCCAAUAUACAGAACCAGCAAGUUCUGACAGGACUUCCUGGAGUGAUGCCUAACAUUCAGUAUCAAGUAAUCCCCCAGUUCCAGACUGUUGAUGGGCAACAGCUGCAGUUUGCCACCACUGGGGCCCAAGUGCAGCAAGAUGGUUCUGGUCAAAUUCAGAUAAUACCAGGGGCAAACCAGCAGAUUAUCACAAAUAGAGGGAGUGGGGGCAAUAUCAUCGCUGCUAUGCCAAACCUGCUCCAGCAGGCUGUCCCCCUCCAAGGCUUGGCCAAUAAUGUCCUCUCAGGACAGACUCAGUAUGUGGCCAAUGUCCCAGUGGCUCUGAAUGGGAAUAUCACCCUGCUGCCUGUCAAUAGUGUUGCUGCAGCCACCCUGACUCCCAGUUCCCAGGCAGUCACAAUCAGUAGCUCAGGCUCUCAAGAGAGUGGCUCACAGCCGGCAACCUCAGGGACAACUAUUAGCUCUGCUAGCCUGGCAACCUCACAAGCCAGUUCUGGAUCCUUUUUCACUAAUGCCAGCAGUUACUCGUCCACAACCACCACCAGCAACAUGGGCAUUAUGAAUUUUUCUACCAGCGGAACAUCUGGGACCAAUACUCAAGUGCAGACACCACAAAGGGUCAGUGGGCUUCAGGGAUCUGACUCUCUGAAUGUUCAGAACCAAACGCCUGGAGGUACACUCCAGACCAGUCAACAGAAAGAGGGAGAGCAAAACCAGCAGUCACAGCAACAACAGCAGAUCCUCAUCCAGCCUCAGUUAGUUCAAGGGGGACAGGCUAUUCAGGCUCUCCAGGCUACACCACUGUCAGGCCAGACCUUUACAACCCAAGCUAUUUCUCAAGAUGGUCUCCAGAACCUCCAGCUUCAGGCUGUUCCCAACUCAGGCCCCAUUAUCAUCAGGACACCAACCGUGGGGCCUAAUGGGCAAGUCAGUUGGCAGACUAUUCAGCUUCAGAAUCUUCAAGUCCAGAACCCACAGGCUCAGACAAUCACCCUGGCACCAAUGCAGGGUGUCUCUUUGGGACAGACUGGCAACAGCAACACCACCCUCACACCUAUCGCCUCAGCUGCCUCCAUCCCUGCUGGCACAGUCACUGUGAAUGCUGCUCAGCUCUCCUCGAUGCCAGGCCUCCAGACCAUCAACCUCAGUGCACUAGGUGCUUCAGGAAUCCAGGUGCACCAGCUGCCAGGUCUGCCACUGACCAUAGCAAAUGCCACAGGAGACCAUGGGGCUCAACUUGGCCUUCACGGAGCCAGUGGUGAUGGAAUGCAUGAUGACACGGCUGGUGGGGUGGAAGGAGAGUCCAGCUCAGACCCCCAACCCCAGACUGGUCGAAGGACAAGGCGGGAGGCUUGCACCUGCCCCUAUUGUAAAGAUAGUGAAGGGAGGGGCUCUGGGGACCCCGGUAAAAAAAAGCAGCAUAUCUGCCACAUGCCAGGUUGUGGCAAAGUUUAUGGCAAGACUUCCCACCUUCGGGCACAUUUACGAUGGCACACAGGCGAGAGGCCCUUUAUCUGUUCUUGGCUGUACUGUGGAAAGCGCUUUACUCGAUCAGAUGAGCUCCAGCGGCAUAAACGCACACACACAGGUGAGAAGAAGUUUGCCUGCCCUGAGUGCCCCAAACGCUUCAUGAGGAGUGACCAUUUGUCGAAGCACAUCAAGACCCACCAGAAUAAAAAAGGAGGCCCAGGAGUGGCCCUAAGCGUAGGCACCAUGCCCCUGGACAGUGGGGCAGGCUCAGAGGGCAGUGGCACUCCCACUCCUUCUGCCCUCAUUACCACCAAUAUGGUAGCUAUGGAAGCUAUUUGCCCAGAGGGGAUUGCCCGACUUGCCAACAGUGGCAUCAACGUCAUGCAGGUAGCUGACCUGCAGUCUAUCAAUAUCAGUGGCAAUGGCUUCUGAGAUCAUAUGCCCAGUGCCAGAGACACGGGCUGUACCCACAAACCCUGGGGUACAAGGUAGCAUUGGGUCCAAGAGACAUGUGGGAGAGGGAGCCACGAUGCACAGCAAUGGGAAGUGUGUGGGGGGGGUACCCAGGAGAUGAGUUGGGGCCCUAGUACCCCACCUGGAAUGGGGCACGUGAGUGGAAACUAUUGAUGUGACCCCGCUACCCUACAUGGAGCAUUUGACCCCAGACGGUUUCCUUUUAAACUUCUUUCCCCAACCUCUCCCUUUCUGCUUUACUUAUCUUACCUUCCCCCAUGAUGGAUCCUUCCCUCUUCCCCCUUCCUUAAAGCCAUCAUGCCUUGAUAAAUAUAUAUAUGAUCAUUGAAAUACUUUUUAACAAAAGACAGAUUCUAUAUUAUAUAUAUGUGUAUAUAUAAAAUAUAUAAAAGACAUUCACAAUGGGGAGUAGGCUCAAAGGGAGGAGGAGGAAUAACCUGUGACCGAAAUACCAUGGUCAGUUUCAUAAUAAUGCCUUAUCUCCUUGUGGCUGGGCCUUGGCCUGGCACAUCAGGCCUUUCUGCAGAUGCUGUCCUGACCUCCCAUGAGAUUAAGCAUUCAUAUACUCUGCUUUUAGGUUUUAUAUAUAUAUGGUUUUUUUUUUCCCUUUAUUUUGUCAUUUUAAUUGGGAGCAGCUUUCUGUACUACCUUUCUCAAUCAUACCCUUUUCAGUCUCCUCCCCACCUCUCCUUUUUCCUCUUUCCACCUGAUCAUUUAGUGUUUAACUUUUAGAUGAUAUUCUUUGGACCAGGGCUCCUAGCAUUUUUGAGGCAAAUUUGGUCCUGAAGAAGAAUGGGAAAAGUACCCCUGUUCCCUGGGCCAAUGCUUGAAGUGACAGGGUCAGAGAGCCAUUCAGAAAAACUACUGAUGGAGGCAUUGCCCUCACUUCCUCCCACCCUGGAGCCAGAGUCAAAGGCAGUGCCUUUUGGUCAUCUUCAAGCAUCCAGGAUCCCAGGUGGUUCUAGGAAAAAGGACAGUAGGCCAUGGAGAGAUGGUGGGUUUGUCCAAGCCAUAUGAAACACCAAAAGAUGGUGGUAGAAGAAUAGGUAAAGAGUGGGAUAGGGGGAAUGAAGGAUGUGCCCAGGCCAGGAGGGUACUCAGAAUAACUAGCCUCGGAUUAGUUGGAGACUUAGUUGAAUUUGUUUUACCUUCUUCCAGGUUAGUUCUAGGUUGAUUUUUUUUUUUUUUUUUUUUUUUUUUUUUUAAGGCCUGGACUUCAUACUGCCUGAAAAGAGGCAUGCUCUUUAUUUAAAACAUCCCUAGAAAUUUCUCUCUGACUCCAUUAUUAAGGAUUAUCACAAUUUGAUUUCCCCCAAUUUCAGUCCUUAAGAAUUAUUUGGGGACAAAAGUAGGAUUGUUCUGGGAUGUAGUGGGAGGUCAGAAGAACUUUACCUGCCCCCUCUCUUUUCCCCCCACCACCAUUAUUAUCUGUUUUGGGAGAUUUGUAGGGAUGACAUUUCAGAAGGGGCACCAGUAUCUUUAGAAACAAAAUCUUCCCAUUUCCUUUAGGCCCAGAUCUAAAGGGGAGUCUGGGAAUGACAGCAACAGGAAGCUUAUUUCUUUUGUCAUUGAGAAAUCCAAAAGCAACUAAAAUUGGCCUCAAGGCCCAGCCACUAAAGCCUUGUGUCUCUUGACUGUUUGGUUUCUCAUCAGGGAGCUUUUCACUCAUUGUGAGCAAGGUGUAGAAACGGAUGUGUCUUGUGUGGAUCUUUUGAUUUGGGGGAUAGGUUUCUGUUAGCCACUAUUAAAGCAGACCUGCAAUAAAUGGAAAUUACCCUGAGCUGAUAGAGCUAGUGAAGAGUGUGAGUGUGUGUGUGUGUGUGUGUGUGUGUGUGUGUGUGUAUGUAUGUGUUUUAAUGUGUAUGUGUUCGUGUCUACAUACACUUAAAAGAAAUUUUUUGAAAUUGUUGAAAAGAAUCAAAAAGCUCUAGAAUCAAAACACCUCAAGACCCCUUUCAUAGAACUCCACUUUUAUCUGUACACUGUUCCUGGGGUCACUUUGCUUUUCUAACAGUCACACUUUGAAACAAGGCAAGUUAAGGGGUCAAAGAACAUACUAAAUUCCUUCUGCACUUUUUGAGGGGAAAUGAUUACAUAUGUAUGUGAAAGUGAAAAUAGUGUCCCAGUCCAUACAUAAGCAGAGGCCUAGACCUUUUCAUGAAUUUAUCUUUUGACUGUUGCUACAAAUAGAUGAUGCUGUGAUUCUGCCUUAUAUUUUGUAUAAAAUCCAGCACGAUUAGGGUUUUGGUGUUUGUUUGUUUGUUUUUUAACCUGAAACUCAAUGACUGUUAAUAUCUUAAAGAUUAACUUGAAGCAUGUUCAGUUCCAUGAGGACAUAUGCUGUUUUCAAAACUCAGGAAUCAUUUGCAAGGAUCUUAGUUAACUAAGAUUGUUUCCCAGACCAAAUCCUGUUUAUGCUGAAACAAAAGAAUUUGUGCCCCAGUUUAUCAUCCUAUCUUCCCAUCUCAUCCCAUCCCAUCCUCCCUUCCCAUCCCUUACCUCCCCACCCCAGCUCCAGGAGAGGACUCAGCAGAUUCUUUCAAUGUAAAUUUAUAAUCAUGUACUUUUGGAUCCAUUAAAGGAAGGGGGAAGGACACCCCAGUGAACAUUUCAAUAUUUUAUUGGUACAAUUCAACAAGGCACAAUCUCUUCCUCUAGCAAUGUGGAAUUAGGAGGAAACCCUUUCAGUGUUGCUACUAGGGGCAAUGGACCUUUUGGGAAAGGUAUCUGAGGUUGAUUAUAGAGUAGAAGGCUGUGGGUUUACUCCUCCUUGAAAAGAAUAUAUUAUCCAUGUCUUGGAUCAGUUUUAUAACAGACCAAUCUUUCCCUUCUACCCACCAAGGAAAUUCAAGAGCAGAGGUGUUGUUUGGCCUAUGAACCUUUGAGAGUUGGCCAUUGGCAGCUUGAAUCUCCUGGACUCAGUGAUUGGGGAUGGGGGGCCCUGUGCCUAGAUAGGAGCUAUAGCUCUUUUCUGAAUGUCCCUUUUCCCUAAGGUUUUAGCCAUCACAGAUUAAUCCAGCUGUCAGUAGACUGAUCCUGAGACUCAUCUCCCCUUCCUCAUGAGAUAUAUGAUCUUUUUUUUUUUUUUUUUGGUCAUGACCAAUCCUAUUUUGUUGUGAGGUUUUGUUUUUUGGUGUGGGGGGUUGGGAUAGGAGAGGUAAUGUUAAAGCAUUCAUUCCCUUGCCUGGCCUUUGUACCUUUUGGCUUCUUCCCUUGUGCCCCCAAAUAGUAAGAUAUCCCAUAUUGUCUUUUCAGGGACUUUCUGGUUGUCCUAAUCCACCCUGACCUGUGGGUUCUGAACAGAGUGCAGUUUAAUGGGUAUUCCUGAGCCCAGCCCAAAUCUGAAUAAACAACCCUCUCCCUCCCCUUUUCAGGAAAUACAGAAGUAAUGGACAUGGGGCUUAGGGGGGGGGGGAAGGGUUGGGUACAAAAGCUGUAAAUUAAUAUGGCUGAUUUAUUUCUACUAUAUAUAUAUAUUUUUUGCUUUUGUAUAUCUUAUAUAGGAAACUUUAAGCAUUGUAUUUUUUAACAAAUCUGAGAAAGCACUAUAAACUGCAGGUAUUUGACUUUCAGAAUAUAUUUUGUAUUGUUAAUAUCUUCACAUUGUGAAUACUGGAAGCUGCAGAUCUUUGCUGAAAUGCAAUAAAUUUAUAUAUCUUUUGGUGGGGUACAGGUAUUGGAGGGACCUUGUUGGGGGUGCUAUUCAGGUCCCUGUCAUGCUCUGGGGGAGCCUAGGUGCUACUUGAUUAAAGUUUCCACCCAGCUACCAUCAUCCCUUGUGCCUAUUGGGCCUUGGGGUGAAUUUAAAAAGCACUUGGAGUUGCAGGUGCCAAAAAUAAAAGUGUGAGAAUGGUCUAAUUGCCUAGAGUGGGACCCCUUCAGUUAACCCCCUACCCUGUCCUAGGCUAGGAAGCCUCUGGUGAUGAAAGGUAAAAAGUGAAAUCUGUUCCAUCUCUCUUGGAAGAGGGCUCAGUUUCUCAAGGGAUGAAAGGUGGCGGCAGUAGCCUUGGGAAGGGGAGGAGGAUGUGGCACUCAUCCAGCCCCGGAAAAGGUUGCUUUUGAAAACUGCUGAUAAAAUAUGGGCAGGUUAUUACUUUUUGUUUGGGAGCCCAGACUCUCCCUGGUGCCUCUUUUGGCUCCCCGCCCAGGCCACAGACCUCCUCCGAGGAGGAUGAGCGGACCAACUUUGAGGUCGAUUCCCUUUCUUUUUUCUCUUCUCUGAACACCAGCACCCAGGCACUAGCUAAGGUCACAGGGCAGAAGUGAGUUGCCUUAAGCUUAAAUUCUUUUCUCCUACUGCUUAACUCUUAGCUUUAAUUCCCUUUCCUGAGACCCUGGGAUUUAGGACUCCCCAAUUCAUUGUCCUCCCUCUGGUGAGCACUGACCCUGUUGGUCAGCACCAAGCCAGGUUUCCCAAGCCCCUGUGCUCUCCACACAACUGGCCAAAGGGAAGAAUGUUGGGAGAUGGUCUGGUCAGCCUCGGGGUGAGGGGGCACAGUGCUUUGUUAGCCGAAGUCUUAGUUGCAGGGUAACCUAACUCUUUCCCUGCCCACUUAGCCUUCAACUAAUAGGAGAUUCUAGAGAUUAUAGGAUGUUGGCAGUCUAUUUGGCCACACUCUUGGUCUCCCCUCAGGAUUAGGGAGAAUGAUGGCAGGGCUGUGAUUGCUGACGAAGAACAAGGAAUUCAAUUUAUUUUGCUGGUUCCCCUUGGCGUGAGGGGGGAAGUGACAUGCUUGUCCUUCUAGUGCUCAGAAAUGCUACUGUGCCUUCUUCCUGGGGAGCAGGAAGCAGGCCUUCAGCUACCCUUCUCUUCUCCCCUGUGACACCUGGCCUUCUCCACUAGGGAAGUCUCCGUCCUGCUGCUUAGCCCCUCUCCCUAUGGCUUCCCUCGCCUUGAUGGAGGGCCUAAAGCCCAAGGCCUGGGGAAAGAUGGGGGAGGACUUGCUGAGAUGGGUAUAUGGUAGUUGUCCAGGAUGACCUGCUUUUUCAUGAGUCUCAGCCAUCCCAUGCGAAGGCUAGGGACCCAACUUGUGCCUAAAACUUUAGAUAAUUUUUUUUUAAUCUAACACUGGUAAUAACCAGUCACCACACAACUGCCUUUAAAAAAAAAAUUUCAAUAUCAUGCUGUUUCUGUUGGUUUCCAACAAAUUACCACCAGAGCUCUAUGGGAAAAUAUGGUUUUAAGUUCUCUCUCUGUAUUUCAUCUAGAACUCCUGCCCUUUUUUACUGAUUAUUUCCUCUUCUCUUGCCUCUUAUCUCUUGUCCAUCAAUCUUUCCCCCCCUUUGCUCAUUUGUCUCUUGUCUCAUUUUCUUGUCUCUUCCCCCUUGUUCUUGUCUGGGUGGGGUGGGGUGGGGGAGGGAACUUUUUUUUUUGCCUUUUUGUACAAAGAUUAGUUUCAAUGUAGUCUGUAGCUCCUUUGUAAACCAAUUAAAAAUUUUUUAAUAAAAAGCCAUGUCUCUG